AUGCAGGAUGAUUUACUGAUGGACAAAAGCAAAACCCAGCCCCAGCCCCAGCAGCAGCGGCAGCAGCAGCAGCCCCAGCCCGAACCCAGCGCAGCCGAAGCCCCGUCCACGCCCCUCUCCUCAGAGACCCCCAAGCCGGAGGACAGCAGCGCAGUGCCGGCCCUCAGCCCCGCCGCGGCCCCGCCGGCCCCCAACGGCCCCGACAAGAUGCAGAUGGAAUCGCCGCUCCUGCCGGGCUUGAGUUUCCACCAGCCCCCUCAGCAGCCGCCGCCGCCGCAGGAGCCCGCGGCGCCGGGCGCGUCGCUGUCGCCGUCCUUCGGCAGCACCUGGUCCACGGGCACCACGAACGCGGUGGAGGACAGCUUCUUCCAGGGGAUCACCCCAGUCAACGGGACCAUGCUCUUCCAGAACUUCCCGCACCACGUCAACCCAGUCUUCGGAGGCACCUUCUCUCCGCAGCUCGGCCUGGCGCAGACCCAGCACCACCAGCAGCCGCCGCCGCCGGCGCCGCAGCCCGCGCAGCCUGCGCAGCCCCCGCAGGCGCAGCCCCCGCAGCAGCGCCGCUCGCCCGCCAGCCCCAGCCAGGCGCCCUACGCGCAGAGGAGUGCCGCCGCGGCGUACGGCCACCAGCCCAUCAUGACCAGCAAGCCGUCCUCGUCCUCGGCUGCAGUAGCCGCCGCGGCCGCAGCCGCCGCUUCGUCCGCCUCGUCCAGCUGGAACACGCACCAGAGUGUGAACGCCGCCUGGAGCGCGCCGUCCAACCCAUGGGGCGGCCUGCAGGCGGGACGGGACCCUCGCCGGGCGGUCGGCGUGGGCGUGGGAGUGGGCGUCGGGGUGCCCUCACCGCUCAACCCCAUUUCACCACUCAAAAAGCCCUUCUCCAGCAAUGUGAUCGCGCCGCCCAAGUUCCCCCGCGCGGCCCCGCUCACCUCCAAGUCCUGGAUGGAGGAUAACGCUUUCCGGACGGAUAAUGGUAACAAUCUGUUGCCAUUUCAGGACCGGAGUAGGCCCUAUGACACUUUUAACUUGCAUUCGUUGGAGAACUCCUUAAUGGAUAUGAUAAGGACUGAUCAUGAGCCUCUGAAAGGUAAACACUACCCUCCCAGUGGCCCACCAAUGAGUUUCGCUGAUAUAAUGUGGAGGAAUCAUUUUGCAGGACGCAUGGGAAUAAAUUUCCAUCAUCCAGGAACAGAUAAUAUUAUGGCACUUAACACCAGGAGCUAUGGGCGGAGACGAGGUCGGUCUUCUCUCUUUCCCUUUGAAGAUGCCUUCCUGGACGACAGUCACGGCGAUCAAUCCUUGUCAUCUGGCUUAAGUUCUCCCACUCGUUGUCAAAAUGGAGAACGAGUAGAACGUUACUCUAGAAAGGUGUUUGUUGGAGGCCUUCCUCCUGAUAUUGAUGAAGAUGAGAUCACUGCCAGCUUUCGCAGGUUUGGACCUCUCGUUGUAGACUGGCCUCACAAAGCUGAAAGCAAGUCGUAUUUUCCUCCUAAAGGCUAUGCCUUUCUGCUGUUCCAGGAGGAGAGCUCAGUGCAAGCAUUGAUAGAUGCCUGCCUGGAAGAAGACGGGAAGCUGUACCUGUGCGUGUCAAGCCCCACCAUCAAGGAUAAACCGGUGCAAAUUCGACCAUGGAACCUAAGUGACAGUGACUUUGUAAUGGAUGGUUCUCAGCCUUUGGACCCCAGAAAAACUAUCUUUGUUGGGGGAGUUCCACGACCCCUCCGAGCUGUUGAACUGGCAAUGAUCAUGGACCGUUUGUACGGUGGCGUCUGCUAUGCCGGCAUCGAUACGGACCCAGAGCUGAAGUACCCCAAAGGUGCCGGCCGCGUGGCGUUCUCCAAUCAGCAGAGUUACAUUGCAGCCAUCAGCGCCCGCUUUGUGCAGCUCCAACACAAUGACAUUGACAAACGGGUGGAAGUGAAGCCAUAUGUGCUGGAUGAUCAGAUGUGUGAUGAGUGCCAGGGCACGCGCUGUGGUGGGAAGUUUGCCCCGUUCUUCUGUGCCAACGUCACCUGUCUGCAGUAUUACUGCGAAUACUGCUGGGCGAGCAUACAUUCCCGCGCCGGGCGGGAGUUCCACAAACCGCUGGUGAAGGAGGGAGGCGACCGCCCUCGGCACGUCCCGUUCCGCUGGAGCUGAGCCCAGGGCAGACCCAGCCACAAGUACUGGAGUAGAUAACAAGGAGGGAAAAAGAGAGGGCACUGCCUCAGGGCUUACAGUGUUCUGGAAAUCUGUGCAUUCGUUCUCGAUUUUUAAAGAAGAAAUGGGUCUUUUUAUUACUAUUAUUUACAGUCAUAUUACUGAACUCAGUGUCCAGUAUAAUGCAAAAUUGCAGAGUGUAUAACGGUACUGAUUUGCACUUUGAUUCACACCUUUGUCUGCUUGGUACCUUAAUUUCUUACACCUGAUUUGUCACUCGUAGACUGCCAUUCUCAUCAGCGGCCAUCAGGUUGAUGUCUGUGAUUUUUUUUUGUUUGUUGUUGUGUUGUUGUUGUUGUUGUUGUUGUUCUGAUUGUUUUUGAACUGGAGCAUGCACUUAUUUUCAGAAACUUAGAGAGUUGCCCCUAGGAGAAGACUUACCAAAGGUAAUACUCGUGAGUAGGUGGCAGAUGUAGCAAAAACUUCACAACAGUUCAGCGAUCAUUAGUUGGGG